AUGGCUGCUUAUGGAGCUCUGGUUUCUCUUAUGCAUAUCAUAGAUACCCUCAAGAAACAUCCUUCUCCUCCCAUUUCUAUCGACGAAAAACAAGUUCAAUCCCUCACUCAAAACAUUACCUUCUUGCAGGAUUUUCUUGAUGGCUAUGUUUCCCCUUUUGCUGAUAGCCACGAAGCUGAUCCAUUGGAGCGUCGCAUUGCUGAUGCAGUUUACGCGGCUGAGGAUGUUAUCGAAUCCCAUAUUGUGGAUCAAAUUCACAGUGGAUCCACAAUCGUUGCAGAUCAUGACUUCUAUCACAAUCUACACAAAGUGAUAGAAGAAAUGGAUCUGAUCAACAAAGAGGUGAAGAGCAUUGCACUUCAAGCUCAGACCAAGCAGAAGCCCGUUGCUGCCUUGUCGGCGUCUUCUCCCACUGUGAAAGAGAACGUGAUCGUGGGCUCUAACGAAGUUUUUCUUGACGUUUUGGAUAAGCUCACCAGUGAUCAACUCAACCGCCAGAUCAUCCCCAUCACGGGGAUGGGUGGCAUUGGUAAGACCACUCUUGCCAUGAAUCUAUUUGAGAAUGCACUUGUUAAGGAGCGCUUUGAUAUUCGUGCUUGGACUACAAUUUCUCAAACAUAUAAUGUUAGAGAAACACUCAGAGAACUUCUUUUUCGAGCUAGUGGAUGA